AAUACAUUUGUAGCAGUCAUGCCUAGUGGACGGCAGGCAACAGGUGCUAAUACCACCCCCCUUGGAUCCCUUAAUCCAGCCUUCAUGGGCCAGGGACCGAGACCAUCUGAAGCCGGUAAUUGAAACUUAAAAGUUCAAAAUUCACCAGUCUACGUGUGUGGAACUCUCCUGAUAGAAAUUGCUUUGUUGAAACGCAAUAACGGGACUUUUUGAUCCCUUAAAGAGCUCUUCAACUCACUAAAGUGUCAAAGUUGUCAUUUUACCAGUAUUGUACAUUGAUUUUCCUAAAUAUUGACCAUAUAACUGUCUUUUAAAUGUUUCACAUUGAUUCUCAAUGAAGUCAAUACUCAGGGUCGAUGCUGCUGCCCCAUCUCGCAAACAUGUCUCCACAACCCCAACAGGCUCAGCCCCCAGCACAGUGGCCACCUCAAGCUGCCCAGAAACAGAGCUCUGGCAACUCACCUCCAAAAGACCCAGGUUCUUGGGAGCCUUCAAGAAUGCGCAACAAGAGCAGAUCUCGAUCACGUGGCAGACGGGAGAAGAGUAGGGAGCGCAGUGGUAGGAGGAGCCGUAGUCGUGAUAGAAGCAGACGGGGUCGGCGCAGCAGAUCCCGGUCCAGGUCACGGAGAUCACGUGACCGCAAGAAGGGCAGAAGGAGCAACGAGAAGAGCAGGGACAGGAGCCGUAACAGAAGUAAUUCAAAGGAGGGAGAAUCCGUAGCCUUGGGAGCUGACGACAAACCAAAACGAAAGAGAAGGUCAAGAUGGGGCGCUCAAGAUGAUUUGGAGUUUAUACCUGGAAUGCCAGUGACGCUACCACCAAAUCUUACAGACGAACAACAACGACUAUACCUCAUUCACGUUAAGAUAGAAGAAAUUAACAAGAAACUGAAGAGCGGAGAUUUUUCUAGCGAGAUUACAAGAUCGCCGUCUCCAGAGCCAAUCUACAAUAGUGAGGGUAAGCGCUUGAACACACGCGAGUUUCGCAUACGUAAGAAACUCGAAGACGAGCGUCAAGCGCUGAUCCAGGAAGCGAUGAGGCUCAAUCCCAACUUCAAGCCUGCUGGCGGAGAUGUGCCACAAGUACGACACCAGGAAAAAGUGAUGAUUCCAGUCAUGGCCAAUCCGAAUGUGAACUUCAUGGGCCUGCUGAUCGGGCCCCGGGGAAACUCCCUCAAGAAACUAGAGGAAGAAACCGGAACUAAAAUCAUGAUUCGAGGUAAAGGAUCAGUGAAGGAGGGUAAGGGAAGGAAGGAUGGUCUCCCUAUGCCCGGUGAGGAUGAGGAUCUCCACGCUCUUAUAUCAGCGCCGACUGAGGAGGGACUUCACAAUGCUAUCAAGAGGAUAACCUCCAUUAUAAACGAUGCGAUACAGUCACCCGACAAUACUAACGAAUUGAAGAAACUACAAAUGCGAGAGUUGGCACUUCUCAACGGAACCCUGAGGGAUGAAGAUAUGUUGAAGUGCAGGAACUGUGGUGCGCUGGAUCACAGGGACUGGGAAUGUCAGGGAGAUAGGAAUGUGACCCAGAUGGUCACGUGUCAGAGAUGUGGUGGAGGUGGUCAUCUUGCUUCUGAUUGUCAAGUCGACCUCUCCGACACUGAUAACUUUAUACCAGACAAAGCUAAGAUGGACAGUGAAUACAUGUCCCUGAUGGCAGAGUUGGGAGUCGCAGAAGAGGGAGCUGGACUCUCCUCAGCUAACGCUCCUCCUCCUGCUCCUUCAGGCGGAGGACAUGAUGGCCCCCAGUCGUUUGCACCGCGCCAAGCUAACGUGCAGGGAGGAGGGCCCAGGCCCCGGUACGCAGGAUUGGGUUCUGAAGGAAGAGGAGGGUUUAACAACAGGGGUGGUCCCCCCAGAGGGGGCGGUCCCCCUGGUAGGGGAGGCGGUUACCAGGGUAACAGACCUCCCUGGCAGAACAAUAACUCAAGUGGACCACCUAAUAAUAGCAGAGGAGGAUACCGCGGUGGGCCCAGUGGAGGAGGCUACAACUCCCGGGGAGGUUUCCAGCCGAGAGGAGGACCACCUCGCAACCCUGCACCCUGGCAACAGCCCAACAACUUCGGUAACAACUUUGGGCCACGUGGUGGUUACCCUGGAUUCCCACCCCCACCAGCAGUUAACAUUCCCUCUACCAAACCCCCUCCCCCUCCAGAAGAGCCCCCAGAGCCAGCUCCAUGGGAACAGAACGCAGGAGGCGCUGGAAGCUGGGGUAUGAUGCCUCCUGUCAUGCCGCCAUGGAUGGCAGGUUCGAUGCCCGGAGUGCAAAUACCGCCGGUACCACCCGCCCCUCCAUCUCAGCCUCCCCCUCCUCAGUAACAUGGCGUCUCAUCUUCUUAUACACAACUUAUUGUUUUAUUUAUUCAGCCGAGAUCAUGUUAAUAAUUUUAUAAGCUUAUAUUCGACUUCACUCUGCACUGAAGUCUUAGAUUUUGAAAUCCAUUUACUUUCGUAUACAGUCAAGAUAGGACCAAGGCAAUUUUUUGCAACUUGAAGGUCUAGAGUUUUAAUCGAUGUGUGGCUGCGUUGAUCCCGAUUUUGUAUAUCUUUGCUGACUUGUAAUUGAUGGAUAAUCAGUUAUUUACCUUUUAAACGUU